GAGUGACAAUUCAUUUCCAAUAUUGCAUUCUACCGUCGCGCAUCCAUUCAUAGAACCAUGAGUCUGAAAUACUAUCCUUCAAAAUUUCUCUUGGUACUUUGUACCAUUCAUGUUUUGAAAUGUGGCGCUGUUUCCUCCGAGGAAGAGUUUGAUACUUCUACUCCGUCCAUGAAGGAUGUCCCUCGAUCAGCUUGGACUCUGGUUGACAAGUUAAAAGAAGCCGUGGAGAGGAUUAACGGACCAGUAGAUUCUGAUAUUUCAUUUCACCCACUUGACUUCAUUGAUGGGGAAUACCGAUUUGAUCUUAGCGGGGUCCUGUCUGAUCCGUACGUAACAGGAAUUGAUCUAACCUGGGCCUCCUCCUCAGAGCAAGUUUGUCAAAUGGUCUUGGCCGGGAAAACUGUCAAAUUACACGGUAAAGUCAGUUAUGGAUAUGUUUUCUUUGACCUUGACAAUCUUUUAUCCAAAGAACAUUCAACUAAAUAUACUAACGCUAAGGUUUUACCAUCUCACAUUUGCCAUGUGGAAAAACCUCCUGAAAAAUCAUUUUUGGUGGUGUACAGGAAUGAAACAAAAGAGAACCUGUUCCGAGAAUUAGAAACUUUGAGAUUAUACAGCCCUAAAAGACAUGAUGAAAAAAUAAGCCAGGACAAUCAGUCAAUCAGAAAAGCGAGGAGUACGAAUAAUCAAGUGCGCGAAAACAAGGCUAGUGAGGGUGGAACAUCAGCAAAAACUGGACCCAACACCACAUCAACACAAUGUCGUCUCGUUCCAUGGACAGUAGACUUCGUACAGUUACACUGGGAUCGAUAUAUCCUUUCUCCGAAGUUUUUUCAAGCUAAUGCUUGUCAAGGAAGCUGUGAAAAGAACUGCACCCUUUCAAGCACCCUUUCAAAUCUCGACACAAAUUAUUCUCUUUUGAGGAUGUUAUAUGGGUUUCUGGAUUGUCCGAAAUGUAAACCCGCAAAAUAUGGUUCGCAAGCCAUUAUAUUUCUGGGAUAUGGCUCUUUGAUUGUCAGGAGUGUGGCGAAAAUGCGAGUCCUGGAAUGUAAAUGUGAUUGUUGAGUCAUUGAUUGACCAGAGUUCUCCUUUAUAUUUAUGUGAGAAACUAUGUAAAUAAUGAUUAUUUUGGGAUGAUUAAAAUGAUGAUUUUUG